UCAAAUAAUAUGGUGACACGUCAUCCCAUCUCUAAGAACGUUCCAGAGACGAACAUGGAGAAAAAAAGAUGAUCGAAUUCUCCAGAAACCAGUCUUCGUCUAUAAAAAAAAAUCUCACAAUACUCUCAAUCGCCUCAUCAUCAUCGUCUUCAUCAUCGUUCUCAGUUUCAAAUUCUAUCAAUCAGCGAAGAAAAAUGCCGAGCAGAUACCCAGGAGCAGUGACACAAGACUGGGAACCAGUGGUUCUCCACAAAUCAAAACCAAAGAGCCAAGACCUACGCGAUCCAAAAGCGGUUAACGCGGCGCUAAGAAGCGGCGUCGCGGUUCAAACGGUGAAAAAAUUCGACGGCGGUUCGAACAAAAAGGGGAAAUCGACGGCGGUUCCGGCGAUCAACGCGAAGAAGCUUGAGGAAGAAACAGAGCCUGCGGCGAUGGAUCGUGUGAAAGCGGAGGUGAGGUUGAUGAUACAGAAGGCGAGGUUGGAGAAGAAGAUUUCGCAAGCGGAUCUGGCGAAACAGAUCAAUGAAAGGACUCAGGUGGUUCAAGAGUAUGAGAAUGGUAAAGCUGUUCUGAAUCAAGCUGUGCUCGCGAAGAUGGAGAAGGUUCUGGGUGUUAAACUUAGGGGCAAAAUUGGAAAAUAAGUAAAACGCUGUCGUUUUUGAGUAUUUGUUAUCUUGGUAUCGAUUGUAAAAAAAGAAAAAACAAGAAAUUGUUGUUUAUGUUUGGUAAAUCAAAAAAAAAAACAAAAAAUUUAGAGCA